AACUCAUCCACCGCAGAGACAUCAUAAACAGAAGCCACCCGCCGAAAACUCAGAAUGGUCGAACUAAAGCGUCUCUUGCUUGCCAACCCCUUUCUCCUAGCAUCAGCCAUGGCCUUCCCUCCGGAGAUAGGCGUCUUUGGUCGCGCCAUCGGGGACAAGUGCAGGGGCAAUGAAGGUGCGGGCACAUGCCAAACGACGUCCAAUUGCCGGGGCAUCUCAUACCCGCAGCCGUACUGCCCCAGUGAUCCCAAUAAUGUUCAGUGCUGCGUCGAAAUUCCGUGCACGGUCGGUACCAAGUCGGGAUACUGCCGCAGCGUCUCCAACAACGGCUGCCCCGGCGGAAGUUUUGACCCUGGCAACUAUUGCCCCGGAAGCCAGGACAUCCAGUGCUGUCUCAAGAACUCGGAGAACGGCACUGGCACUGUUGGCGAACGGGUGCUGGCAAAAGCAAUGGAGGCAGCUGGUGUUCCAUAUGCCUGGUGGGGAGGUUCCUGCAGCGGGCCGACGGGUGACGCUCCACCCUCGGACUUUGGCGAGAUCGGCUUCGACUGCUCCGGCCUCGUCUGUUGGGCGCUCUGUCAAACCACCGGCCGCGAUCUCUUCUCGGAAGGCCUGCGCAACACGCGCUACAUGUACUGUGAAACCCAAGCUCGGCUCGGCUACGCCAAGUAUCCCUUUUCGCAGCGUAAGAAGGGAGACGCGGUCUUCUUCGGGGACGCUUGUGACUGUUCGCUCUCAGAUGGCCCUGGCUCGAUUCACCACGUGGGGCUCGUCAUGGAAGACGGCGGUGAUAUGAUGUGGAACGCUCCGAAUGACGAUCUCAACAGGGUCAUGGCUCUCCGUAUCUCUGCGUUCGGAGAGACUCCAUGCCCGUAUGUCAUUAGAUUUACUUAGGGUAACUGGGCGGCGUCUGGUGUACUCGGAACCCGCGGGACUCUUUCUUCGCAAGAUACAAUAAGUGGUUUGAGGUCUGGGCCAGGAUCUCAUCACUGACCUCCGUCUGCAGUCUGGUGCUGGCGGCUCAUUGUACCCUCGUCUCGCUCAUGUCAUUACAUGACGUGUGCUUUGCUCUGGC